UAAAUCUCAUCUCGCUCUCUCUCUCUCUCUCUCUCUCGUCGCGUUUCCAUCUUGGGCUGUUCUCCGGCGGCCGAUCCCGUCUCGUCGCCGUAGAUCGAUUCGAAGAACUGAACAAUUCGUUCUAGAUUUGAUUCCUCCCAAUCCUCCUAGGGUGCUUUUGUUUACUCUGCUGAAAGGAAAAUGUCUAAUUACCAAGGAGAUGCUCCGGCUGAGUACAUUGAAGACGUGGAUGAUGAGAUGGAAGAUGUGGGAGAUGACAUGGAUGAGGAGUUCCGUGCCGAUGAUGAUGAUGAUCUCGCUGCUUCUGAUUCUGAUGUCGAGGAGUUUGACUACUCUAAUAAUAAAAUAGCUGAUACCUCGGCGGAGCAAGCUCGGAAAGGGAAAGAUAUUCAGGGGAUUCCAUGGGACAGGCUUAGUAUUUCUAGAGAGAAAUACAGACAAACUAGGUUAGAGCAGUAUAAGAACUAUGAAAAUGUCCCCAACUCCGGGGAAGCAUCCGAAAAAGUUUGCAAGGUCACACAGAAAGGGGGACAGUUCUAUGACUUUUGGCGGAAUUCAAGAUCUAUUAAAUCCACCAUACUUCAUUUCCAGUUGAGGAAUCUGGUGUGGGCAACUUCCAAACACGACGUGUAUCUGAUGUCCAAUUUCCUGCUGACACAUUAUUCUUCCCUAACGUCCGGAAAGAAGGAAGUUCUCAAUGUUCGCGGUCAUGUUGCACCAUCUGAGAAACAUCCUGGAAGUUUGUUGGAAGGAUUUACGCAGACUCAAGUGAGCACACUUGCAGUAAAAGACGACUUUCUAGUUGCUGGUGGAUUUCAAGGAGAACUUAUUUGCAAGCAUCUUGAUAGACCGGGCGUCAGCUUUUGCUCUCGUACGACUUAUGAUGAUAAUGCUAUUACCAAUGCUAUUGAGAUUUACAACAAACCCAGUGGGGCCCUUCAUUUUACUGCCUCGAAUAAUGACUGUGGAGUUAGAGAUUUCGACAUGGAGAGAUACCAGCUUGUUAAGCAUUUCCGUUUUCCUUGGCCAGUGAAUCACGCAUCCUUGAGUCCUAAUGGUAAAUUACUGGCUAUUGUUGGGGACAAUCCAGAGGGCCUUAUAGUAGACCCCAACACGGGAAAGACGCUGGAAACACUAUCAGGACAUGUGGACUAUUCCUUUGCCUCGGCGUGGCAUCCUGAUGGAUUCACUUUCUCAACUGGAAACCAGGACAAGACCUGCCGUGUAUGGGAUAUCCGUAACGUAUCUCAAUCCGUCGCUGUCUUGAAGGGUAACCUUGGAGCAAUCCGGUCAAUCCGCUACACAUCCGAUGGGAAAUACAUGGCCAUGGCUGAACCAGCUGACUUUGUCCAUGUCUAUGACGUCUCAAAGGGUUAUGAAACAGAGCAGGAAAUCGACUUCUUUGGGGAGAUCUCCGGAAUAUCGUUCAGCCCUGACACAGAGGCGCUCUUCAUUGGAGUAUGGGACCGCACUUACGGUAGCCUCCUUGAGUAUCAUCGGCGCAGGAACUAUUCCUAUCUUGAUUCGUUUCUUUAAGCGAGAAGAAAAGUAUACACAAGGCGUUCAAGGAAUAAAAGAGAGCUCAUACAGCAACCGGUGAACACAACAGAGGCAAACCAUAGAUGUGUUGUGCAAGUGCUAGUAGUUAGUGUCUUUUUGUGUACUUUACCGGCUGAUGUGUUGUAUACUUAUGUCUGGUCUUCUAAAGCUUCAAACUCGUUCAAGAUGUGUACAGAAAGAGCUGGCUCUUUGGUGGCAAAGACUAGAUGAUGUUGCUGAAUCUGGACCCUGGUCCUCUGUUUGGUCGCUUGUGAGUCGUUUCUCUUCUUGUAUUUGUGAUUGUUGUAGAAACUCGAGUGUUAAAGAUCCUUUUGAGCUGGUUCUGAGUUUAGAAUGUGGGAGAUGCUUUAA